CACACAAAAAUAUCAGCGUUCUCUCUCUGUCUCCCAUGGCGUCUAAGAAGGGCGGAAAGCGCCUCUCUCUCACCAGAUCGAGCAGCAGCGACAACGAUGGCAUUCUAUCUAGGGUUUCGAGCGCAGUAUUGCAGUCUCCGAUCGUCUACAGGGGCAAACAGGCGGCUUCGGACGCGUCCUACGUGACGAAGCGCCUCCUGAAGAGCACCGGCAAGGCGGCGUGGAUCGCCGGAACCACCUUCCUCAUCCUCGUCGUCCCUCUCAUCAUCGAGAUGGACCGCGAGCAACAGCUCAACGAGCUCGAGAUGCAACAAGCCAGCCUCCUCGGCACCCCCUCUCAGAAGUAAACUGUUUUUUGGAUCAAUGAGAGCAUACAGGUAAGGUCUUGAUGGGAUUCCUAGGCUUAGGGUUAGUGUUUUUUAUAUGAAUUUUGAUGUUGUUAUGGAUUGUUUUGGAUUUCUAUGUGGUUCAAUUUGAUAAUUAGGGUUUUACGCUCUAUUGGGAAUUUUUGGGGUUGUUUCAGUUAAUGACUAUACUAAAAUUUAAAGCGUAUUACCAUUUUACAUUGGUUUAUAUGAUAAUGCACUUGUAUUUGUGUAGA